GUCGGGAGGUGAGAUUUGAAAGUGAGCGGGGAGGCGGCGGGGAGCGGGGCGUUGAGGCCGGGCAGGAUAACCAAGAUGGCUGCUACAUCCCAGUUCGCCAGUCGAUACAAAAAGGAUUUGAGUACAGAAACCAUCAGAACAAAAGUUGCUCGCAGAAAAUCGGUGCUUCAGAAGGAGAACAGACACAAGUUGUUUGAGAAGGGCAGACAGUUUGGAUUGGCAGAUGUCAAUGUUCAGUUAUCGAAAGACAGAGGAGUCUCUCAACGAAAUGAGACAAGUGAGAUGUGCUCUCAAGAGAACAGCAGUGUGAAACAGAAACAACCUACAGAUGCAGCCACCAAGAGGAUUAAUGAUCGCAAGGAAAUGCUGCAACGCUAUAAAGAAGAAAAGGAACUUCGAAAACUAAGAGAGCAAAGAGAGAAAGCAAAAAAGGGUGUGUUUAAAGUUGGGUUGUAUAGACCUACUGCACCUGGAUUUCUUUCACUUGUACCUGAAGAUCCUGUGACAGUGAAGCCAAGGGAGAAGGCAGCUCCUGCUUUCUCUGGGAGGAUUACUCGAUCAAAGGCCAAGAACCAAGCAGAAAAAGCUAUGAUACCAACAACAUCUAAGCCUUCUACGGUCUGUGCCAACGGGCAUAGCGUGCGCCCUACGCAAGCAGGAUGUAAACAGAAGAGUACAGACAAAAUGGCUGAAAAAGGGAAAGUGUUGCAGACUGCGGUCCAGACAGCCCCAAAUGUAAGAAUCACCAGAGCAGCCUCCUCUGCAGCUAGGCAGAUGCCAAAAACUACUGCUACUGCUGGUAACCAGUCACAGAGAAAGACAGCAAAUGUAGCAAAGGAGAAGAAAGCAGUCAAACCUGGUGUCAUGGAGGUAAUUCCUUUCGAACAUAAAGUGAACGAAAAUGCUCAGCUGGAUCCAGUGACGUGUUCAGCAUCAGAACUUAGAGAGGAACAGACGUCUGAAGAAAAGAACAACUCUGCUCCAGGGAGACCCAGAACACGCUCCUUUGCACCUCAAAACUUUGUGUUUCAGCCAUUAGAUGGAUUAACAACCUACAAAGUUAAACCCAUGACUCCUUCUAGAGCAAAUGCCUUUUUGACACCUAACGCCUUCUGGGAUUUUUCAAAAUCUCCAGUUAAUAUAGUUGAAAAAUCCAGUAAAACUAGGUUUUUCUGGGAACAAGAGCCUGAUUCAAAAAGUCAAAUUUCACCUUUUUUUAAAGACCUUCAAGAGCAGCAAAUCACUACAAGUCUGAAAGGAGAACAAGCAAGAGACUCAGAUGAGAAGACUUCCAUUCAGAGAUCAAAUGAAACAAUUCCUGUCUCUACAGAUGUGAGAGCACUUGAAACAAAGUCAGAUGAUAUAAGAGAGCAAGAGCAUGACGUGCCCUACUUCAGAAACAUUCUUCAGUCUGAGACAGAGAGGCUGAUGUCUCAGUGCCUUCAGUGGGAUGGAAAACUUGAGCUGGACAUUCCAGAGGAUGCUAAAGAUCUCAUUCGCACAACAGUUGGUCAGACAAGACUGCUGAUAGCAGAAAGGUUUAAACAGUUCGAAGGAUUGGUGGAUAACUGUGAAUUUAAACGGGGUGAAAAAGAAACAACAUGCACAGACUUGGAUGGAUUUUGGGAUAUGAUUUAUUUUCAGAUUGAAGAUGUGAAUAAAAAAUUUGAUAAUCUGAAGAUGCUUCAAGACAAUGAGUGGCAACCACUUGAUGUCCCGAGCAAAGAAACUGUCAAGAAAAAGACUGUUCCAAAUGGGGUGUCCAAACCAAAGCUGGGAGCAGCUGGAAGAACUGCUGCCCGAAACAGACUUGCUGCUGUAAAAGCAGCUAUGAGGGACAAAAUGAAGAAUGAUGGAGCUGCUGAUUGUACGCAUCAGAAUAAGCUACCAGAGGUAGAAAAAGUGGUUUUUGAAGCAGGAUUUUUCAGAAUUGAAAGCCCUGUGAAAAACUUUCCAGACUUGCUUUCAAAGAAACCUCAUAGAUCUUCCCAGCAGACUUCUGAAGAUCUGGCGACUCCAAGAUCAUCCAGCAGAACUUUGCAGAGCAAUUCUUCUCUUCUUUGUAACCCCGAGGAUACAACUGCAAAACAAACAACGCCAGCACUCAAAGGCUUCCAGCCAGCACAAAAUUUGAAUACGCACCAAUUUACCACUGGAAAAACUCUCCCUAGUGGUUGUCUUGAACACAGCGCUUCCCUAGAUGCACAGGAACCCACUCCUGUUGCUGACACAGUGGAGGGAUCUAAGGUGCUGGAAAAUUCUAACAGGGAGUUGAAAGUAAUGGAUGGCAUGGAAGAGAUGGAACUAUCGGCACCAGAACAACAGGGACAAGAUGUUGUCAUGGGCAGCCCAGAGAAGGAGGACAUGUGCACAGAGACUAAUUUAUCUGAGUAUGGAGAACCAAAAAUACAACAACCAGAUGUUUUGUGUAGUGAUUUGACAUCCCUUGACAGAAAUCCUUUUGAUACGCCGAUGCUGGAUGGUGAGCUGCCCUUCACUCCGGUCAAGAACAAAGUCCAGAAGCUUGCAGCAGCUGAAACGUUCAGUGACCUUAUUGUAUUUUCUCCUCUUCCUUCCUCUGGGGAAAAAUGAGUGACUUGAAAUUCAAAAUGUACAAGACUAGAGAAUGACUCAGAGGGAACAUACUUUAUUACCAGCCUGACUCAUGUGGUGAACUCGCCAAUAAAACUCCUCCCCACCCUGAAACUGGUCUUGACUGAGAAGUGAGGAGUUGAGAGAAGCAAAAGGCUCAUGACUGGUGUGAUGCAGUACAUAACGCAAGUACAACGUGCAUCUCCCUUGAGACAGAAGUGUGACAGGAUGUGCUGAUUUGGACCACCCUCAGCAGCAGCUGGUUGUCAUGGCUUCCUUUGAUGCAAGUGAAGCUUCCUUUGAAGAGAAGGAAGGGGGUGACUUUUCUAGCCACAGCUCAGGGGGAAGAUUUUGGUUCCUUCAGGCUUAUCUCUGGACCUCCCGAAAUACCUUGUUCUGGUCAGAUCAGAGGCUGUUGAGUUUUCCGUGUCUUCCAGUGUUGCCUAGUGGGCAGCUUCAGUGAAGUGACACUGCUGUGACUCAUGCACAACCCCUUCACAGCUUGAUCUUGCAAUUCCUGCCCUUGUGGUUCCCCUGGGGAAAGAACUGAAGUCCUCUGCUAUGCUACUUUAAUUCCUUCAGAGAAGAAGGAAUAACUGCUCCACCUGGCAGAUGAACUGAGGCUAUCUGGUACUUAGGUAAGACGGGGCUGAAGAUUGCUGCCCUAAUUCACAGGACCACUGCCUGUAUGUUGCAGACAGCUUUCCCACAUACUUCUCUCCUUACAAAUCACAAAUGGGUCAUAGUCAUUAUCCUCUGGCAAAGAGAUUCAAUCGCUACAGCAAAAAUUCAGCUACUUCCACCUUUGCGCUACCUUUGAACUCUGAGCUUGCUGGAGGAUAUUGUCUUUUAGUUUCUUAGUCAAAAACUAACUUUACUUGUGAAAGUAUUUUAUUGCCUCAAAAUAUUCAUGUACAACACCAACCUUACAACCUCUUACAACCUUAUUAUGAGCACUAAGUUUGUGAUUAAAUUACAACCUCUUAAUUAUAUCAUGGUAGU